AUUUGCAUCAAUAUGCGGACGGCGACAAUCGGGCUCCUCCUCGCGGCCGUGACUGCGCUGCGUCCAACGACGCUCGAUGGCACGCUCGGGCUACCGUGUAUCGACAACAAGUGCAAGGACGGCAGUCUCUGCUACCACGAGAGCGCACCGUCGCGCGGCCUCUGCUCGACGUACGUGGAGCGCGGGGCGGCGUGCGAGGCGCCCGGCAUCCUCUGUGCGUGGCCAUCCACUUGCACCGACAAGAUCUGCGUUGUACCCAGCGACCUCUCGGGCUUUGAGGGUUCGCGGUGCCACCGCGGUGCCUGCUACGACGGCUCGACGUGCGUCGCUGCAAGCGCGACCAACAACGACAGCGUUGCGGCGCGCUGCCGGCGGCUAUAGCGAGGGUGAGACCGAUAGAUUGAAUUUGCGUACACUAUUCUACAUACGACCUACUACAACAACAACGAAUCACCUACGACACCAACA